CAAUUUGAUUGCUUGUGAAUUUCAUUAUUAGUUAUUUUUUCUUCUUUUUUGUUGUUUUGUUUCGUUUCGUUUUUGGUUUGCAUACCAUAAAUUUUGUAAUCUCCACGUUGAAUAUUUUUUUUUGUUUGAUUGAUAAUUUGAAAUUAUUUGAAUUCAAUUUACACUGGUUGAAUAUUAUUACAAGAAAAAAAUGUCGACAACACCAAUGAAUCCUACACCAUUUUUUGGUUCAAAAAUAUCAUUGAUUUCAAAAUCCGAAAUCCGUUAUGAAGGUAUUCUUUAUACAGUCGAUCCAAAAGAAUCAACUAUUGCUCUUGCUCAAGUACGAUCAUUUGGUUCGGAAGAUCGUGUUGUCGAGAAACCGGUACCACCAAGAGAUGAAAUAUUUCAAUAUAUAAUAUUUAGAGCAUCGGAUAUAAAGGAUUUAAUUGUUGAUAAACCACCAUCACCCGGAUUAACUGAUCCUGCCAUCAUACAAGCGCAUUCAACUACAUCACAACCAUCACCGUUUCCAUCAUCAUUUUCGCAGACUACAUCCAGUGGAACAGCUUCGGGUAUUAAUGCUAUUGGUAGUGGUGCAGGUACUUCAGCAUCAUCUCUUCAACAACAAUUACAGCAAGCUGGUAUACAGAAUGCAUCAACUGCCGCUGUUGGAUCAAAAUCAUCCGGUGGUCAAUCAUCUAGCUCUGUGCAACAUCAUGAAUCAUCUAAUAAACAGGCUAAUAAACCUAAUGCUAGUAGUGCCCAGAUUGCUUCGAGUUCUAGCGGUAGUCACGCACAUCAACAAGGACCGAAAACUCCUGGUGGCCAGAAACAAUUGCCACAACGUACACCGAAUCAAAUGAAUCGUCAACACCAAUCUCAACAACAACAGCAACAACAACAUGCACCAACAUCGCAUCAAAAUAAUCGUCAAGAUGGUUCAAGUGGUGGUUCAUUUAUGAAUCGUCAAAAUAAUUUUGCAAAUAGACGUAAUCUUAAUCAACCACGAGGUGGUAGUGGUGGCGGUGGCGGCGGCGGUGGUUUUGGACAGAUGAAUGGAUUUCAACAACGAAAUGGUGGUAUGAAUAUGGGUGGUUUUCAACGAACCUCAUUUUCGAAUAGAUUUCAAAAUCAACAUGGUAAUCAUCGUUCGAGUGGUGGUGGUAUGGGUGGCUUUAAUAAUUUUAUCCGUCGUCAAAAUAAUCGAAAUUUUGUUCCAAAUCGUACGGCUGGUCAUCAUACGAAACCAUCAUUGGAUGUACCUGAUUCAGAUUUUGAUUUUGAAAAAGCCCAAGAUGAAUUUAAACAAUUAGAAGAAAAAUUGGCUGGCUUAAGAGUAAAUGGUGAUUCAACAAAUAAUGCUGCUUCAAAUUCAGAUGCAGAAACACCUAACACUACUAGUGAACAAACGAAUGCUUCUCCUAAAACGGAAACUGAUAAGGAUGCAUCGAAAGAAGGUUGCUAUAAUAAAGAAAAAUCCUUCUUUGAUCAAAUUUCUUGUGAAGCUUUGGAACGUACAAAAGGAAAUGUUCAACGUGUCGAUUGGAAAGCAGAAAGAAAAUUAAAUCGUGAAACGUUCGGUAUGGUAGCCCCAAUGCGCCGUAAUAAUGGAUAUCGAUCAAACAAUCGUUUCGGUGGUUAUCGUAGUUAUCAACAUAAUUAUCGUAAUCGAAGUGGUCAACAAGCUAAUCAUUCAGGUGGAAGUGGGGUAAAUAAUGCUAAUAAACCACAACAAAAUGGUGUACCUAGUUCCAAUGCAUCAUCUUCGACCAAUAAUGCAACAACGGUAGCAUCAACUUCUUCUGCCGUAGCCGUUUCAUCUUCAAAUCUUGUAUCCGUAUCGCCGGCUAAAAAUUAAUAUUUACUUAGCCUAAAUGAUGACCGUUGAUUACGUAUUUUUUUUGGCUGAUUUUCUUCAUCAAAAACCAAUGAACAUUCUCUUUUUUUUCAAGAAAAUUUCUAUUUCAUCUAAACUUCGAUUUGUGCCGUUCCAGCCGCCCACUCACCUAAUCACCCACCAACCAUUCAUACAAACAACAACAACCACAUUUAAUCAACAACAAUUCUGAUGUUCUCUCUCUCUCUCGUACUCUUCACAUACACACACACACUUAAUUCUCAUUUGAAUAAUGGGAGAUACAAUCGAUUCUUUGCUUAGUUUUUGAAUAUAUUCUUUUCACUCUCACACACACUGUUUGUCCACACACACAUAUACACAUUACCCAUUUAUAAACAUUAUCUAAUAUGAUAAUUAUUGAAAUCUACUUUAAUCUUCGAUUUUCAAAUUAUAUUUUUGUUGAUUAAGAAAAAAAAAUAAGUUUUUGGAUACAAAA